UCUACCCCCCAACAUAGAAAAGUCCACGCGAGUAACGGAGAAACUUCACGAAUGUAAAUAUUAAGCGAACGAGGAGGAUACGUCCUCGAGCAUUCUUUCUAUUGUCAUCGUUUGACUAAUGCGAACAUGCCACGCAAAAAGCCUUUUAGUAACAAACAGAAAAAGAAGCAGCUCCAGGUGAAACGCGAGAAAAAGAGAGGAGAAAACGGUUCAAGUCACAGUAGCCGAAAUGCCAGUGUGGAGAGAGGACCUGGCAGAGACAGACAGUCGGAUACAUCAGACAGCGAGACGACAGACAUCAGGAGGAUCAACCAUCAGCCUGGCACCGGAGACGGCAGAUAUGACCCCAACAAAUUCCGUCUGCACUUUGAGAAGGAGAGCAAGGAGGAAGUGGAGAGGAGGAAAAAAAUUGCGAGGGAGAAAAUCCUGAAGCAGGUGGCAGAAAAAUAAAUAUAAACCAAAACUAACCAGAACAAAAAAGAAUAUAAAGGACUGAAUUUCCCACGGCGGCCCUCAUGGCAUUACAACAUGCAAGAGGAGAAGUCCUUUCUGGAGUAUCUGCAGGCUCUUCACUCCAAGAACCCACCUGGUACCCUCAGCCACUUUGAGCACAAUCUCGAGACAUGGAGGCAGCUGUGGAGAGUAAUGGAGAUGUCUGAUGUCAUUCUUCUCAUAGUGGAUAUCAGAUACCCAGUGCUGCAGUUUCCUCCUGCUCUGUAUCACUACAUCACCGGUGAGUUAAAGAAGUACAUCAUCCUGGUGCUCAAUAAGGUGGACUUGUGCCCCUCCCCUCUGGUGUUGGCAUGGAAACACUAUAUGACUAAACAGUUCCCACACCUGCACUGUGUCUGCUUCACCUCGCACCCAGGACAACCCUACACCACACUUCUGCAGAAGAAGAGGAUCAGGAAGAAAGUAGGAUGGAAUGGUGGAGGCCCGAUCCACAUCAUGAGAGCGUGUCAGGAGAUCACAGCAGGAAGAGUGGAUUUGAGUAGCUGGGAGAAGAAGAUCAAGAGGGAUGCUGUUGCCAUGAGAACAGAAGGGGAUCAGGCUGAUGAUGGAGCAGAAUCUGUGUUGAUGGAGCAUAAUAGUGACAUUGGCAUGGAAAUGAACAGCCCCACGCAAGAACUUUAUAAAGAUGGAGUACUAACAUUGGGCUGCAUAGGUUUUCCUAAUGUAGGCAAAUCUUCAGUGCUAAACAGUCUGGUUGGCAGGAAGGUCGUGAGUGUGUCCCGAACCCCGGGUCACACAAAAUAUUUCCAAACAUACUACCUCACUCCCACUGUUAAACUGUGUGAUUGUCCUGGGCUUGUCUUCCCUUCCCAAGUGGACAAGCAGCUACAGAUCCUGGCUGGUAUAUAUCCAGUGUCCCAGCUGCAGGAGCCUUACAGUUCAGUAGGAUAUUUGUGUGAACGGACCAACUUCCUGCCUGUAUUAAAGCUGACACAUCCUGACCACAGCCCAGAAACCCCACACGACUCCAGCACACAGGACUGGACCGCAUGGGACGUGUGUGAAGCCUGGGCCGAGAAGAGAGGGUAUAAAACUGCUAAGGCGGCCCGUAACGAUGUCUACCGAGCAGCCAACAGUCUCCUGCGUUUAGCCAUUGAUGGACGCAUAUGUCUUUGUCUGCAACCACCUGGAUACACUGAGAGUAAAGAUGAAUGGGAAUCACACCCGGACCUGGCCGAGAUCAGCGCUCUACAAGGAAGGACGGAUGAAGAGCGUGAGAGGGAAGACGACGAGGGCGAAUCCAGCUCGGAGCUGGAGGAGGAUGAUAGAGAUGCCGAUGAUGAUGAAGAUGCUGAUGGGGAUGAUGAAGAUGAUACUGUGAAGGCUGACAGGAAGGGCCUCACUCUCAACAUGUUCAGUGUGCUGGGAGAGAACGAGUGUGCGUGAGGGAUGAGAUCCAUGUUCAUGCAUUCCAGUUUUUUUUAUUUAUUACUGAUCUCUAUACAACCAUCUAAUUUCAAUCUGCAAAAUGUCAAUCAAAGGACUGUAUAAUGUUUUGAAUUUAAACGCUACACAUUUGUUUUGCAUUUGACACUCAUUGUGCACUUAUACGGCCCAAUGUACAGACAUCAAAUCUCACAAUCUACUUAUUUUUGCUGGUUUUGUGUUUUUUCAGCCUCUCUGUGCCUCUGUAUCUACCCUGCUUUUCAGAAAAUUAUCAGAAUGCUUUGAAACCUUUUGUACCUCCUGCAUGCAGCCUUUUCCAUUUUUGAGAGGGCAGAAGGAAUGUCUGUACAGCCAGUGAUUGUACAAUCAGUGUUACUAAACAAACAUUGAAUACAAUCGCUGAUUUAUUGUCAAUUUCAAAGCAGAAAUGCCAAACAUCAGGUGAGGUCAGAGGUCACUGCUUUGACCUCAAACUGUAAGUUGCCCAUGUGAAUGUAUUUUACCUUCAAUGUCAGUACCACAAACCUCUGCAUGCAGUGCAGAACCAGCCAUGUUUGAGGAGAAGAGAUAGAGGCCAGGAACAGGCUGCUGUCUUCAGAAGAUUAUUCUUAUAAAAAGAAGUUAUGGACACUCAAAGCACUUUCUAAAGCAAGAGGCAGCAACCAGCAGUCUUUUAUUUUUGAAUACUUUAAUUUCUGAGCAGAUAUACAUUUAUUAUGUGGGUAAUGAAGUGAGGGUGUUGUUGAGAGUUGCGGUGGGAGUGAAUUUAUCCCACAAAAUGUUAUAGACUAUGCAAAGUUUUCAGAGAUAUCAGAAAAACCUGAUACAAGUGUUCCAGUAAUUAAAGUGAGAUUGUGUAACACACAUUGUAGCUGCACACUAACACAAGCCACUCAAAGGUUUUGAAGUCGUGUUGUUUUGGACUAAAAAUGCAUUUGUUAGAGAGUGGGUUGGUUUUGAAGAACUCGAGUUUGUGCACUUUUGCAGUAGGACUCAGGUAAUGGUGAUGAUGUGCAGAGAUACCGAUAGAAGGGUGCUGGUUUCCUGCUUUUCAGUCUCCAGUCCUGCAUGCCCUUGCUUAGGGAUUUCAUGUGGGUGUGUCUUUGUUUGUGUGAUGGUGUGUGGAUCAUUCUUUAUUGAAAUGUAAUUAUGCUGAAAGAAACAGCCCUCUGCAAUAAAGACAUUCCUCUGA